CAUGAUUGAUUUUUGUCGGAUCGGUCCAGGGGCCAGCUGUUCGCUGCAUCGACUGCAUUGCGCCUGCCUGAACUGAAUGCACUCAAAAAAACCUAUACGAGACCUAGCCCAGAUUUAAUUCAGCCAUUCUACCGCAGCCUUCGGACGUCAACAUGUCGGCUACAAUUGAUAAUCGAGUUUACGAUGAACUGGAAGCUCUAGAAGCCAUCUUGAUCGAAGAUUUUGCUGUAAAGCAUGAAGACGGUGUACCUAGAAUCAUUGAAACUGUAGUACACCCUUCAACAGGAGAUCAGAUCGAUCAACAAUACGUGUGCUUGACAUUAGAAGUCAAGUUGUCUCCUGAUUACCCCGAUACCAUACCAGAGGUGUUCCUCAGGAACCCCCGCGGCCUGGAUGACAAGUUGUUGAACAACAUUAAUUCAAGAAUCAAAAAUAAACUGGAUAGACAUAUUGGCAACCCAAUUGUUUUUGAACUUAUAGAGAUUGUUCGUGAGUAUCUAACAGCUUGCAAUCUACCCCGUGGACAAUGUGCCAUUUGUCUCCAUGGUUUUGUGAAGGGGGAUGUGUUUGUGAAAACACCAUGCUACCAUCACUUCCACAGCCACUGCUUCCAUAAGCACCUCGUCAAUAGCAGGAAAUAUUAUGAAGAAGAGAUGGAGAAACUUCCUAACUGGCAACGAGCUCAGGCUCCAGAAUAUCAGCAAACUUGUCCAGUUUGUCGUAACGUUGUGUCCUUUGAUGAGAAGGUUCUAGAACAGGCUCCACCACCCGUUGAGUCUCUGGAUGCACCACCGUUUCGCUUAACUCCUGAAAUGAAGGCUCUGCAGCGUAGUAUGUCUGAAGUGUUGGAGCGUCAGAUUGCCCGAGGUGGUGUUGUAGGUAUGGGUGAUGAUGGCCCACCACUACUAACCAUCACCACAUCAGCUGAUAAGGAAAAAGCUUCCACUAGUGGAACCCAGGGGGCAAAGGCCGAGGCGAACCGCGCUGUACCGAGUACUUCAGCCGAGAACCCUGAGAAGGCCCAGCCAUACAGCGGACCAUACCGCGGGUUCAAUCGUCGCGGGAAGCCCGGACGAGGACGUCGUGGCCGCGGCGCUCCGCGGUGACCCGCUUGCCGUCGCCGGACGCCCCCCGCCGCCUAGCGCGCCCAUCCGCGCUACACCCGCCCGCAUGAAUCCAUAUCUUAUUUACAAACUCUCUACUUCGCGACUUCUGAAUACAUUAUAUACGCGUUCUGUAAUAGAUCCAUUGUUAAUAAAUUCGAUCUGAUCAAAUUUUACAAACAUUUGGUUAUUGAAACUUUAAACUUAUAUAUUAUUUUCCGAAUGAAACAAUUUUUCAACUCUCGCUGCAAGGAAACAUGUUUAUUACUCGCGUGUGUUUCAAUUCCAUGUGUAUUUGGAUUGCAUUUUGUAUCGUUGCUUGUACUCAAGAAUGGAUCUGUUACAAUAAACCUGUCAUCAGCUCGCAUCGUUUCUCCCACUACAGAAACUCUUCAACAUCAUUGUACCAAACUUACCGCUAUGUUCACUGGUUCUUCAUACAAGUGGUCACCGGGACGGAAUCUCCUUGGAAAUGUUUUAACUACCUCGAUAAUUGCAGUGUUAAAUUUAAUCAAAGAUGGCGCUCAAAUCACUCAGACAACAGUGAAGUCUCCGAGUUAUAUUCGAGGAACGAAAUUAUCUACAGAGUUUUUAUAUGGACUUGAGAUUUCAGUGGAUUAUUUUGAAUUUAAAAAAAGCUUUAAUGAUUGUCCUUCGACCAAGUUCAAGGUCAAAUGUGGAAUCGAAAUACGAUUACGCACCACAGUGUACAGGGUCCCUAUUUAUUUUUUACAUUUUUCGAAUUUUUUAUUCGAGACUGAAGUUUACGAUAUACAUCCAAAUUAUUUAUUUAUUACCCAUUAUGUAUAUGAAUAAGAUAAAUUAUUUUUAUUAUAUUAUAUGGACAUUUUUAUCUACGAUUGUGAUCCUUUAUACAUAGUCUUGUAAUUUUGUAUUUUAAAUUUUAUUCGAUACGAUUAUUAUUUUUUUAUAAAUCCAUUUAAGAACACAUCCAUCCAUUUUUAAUAUAUAUAUAAUCUGUAUUAUAUCCCGAUUAAAAAAGUAUUCAUUUUGUGGACCAAAUAUGUUUAAAUUUUUAUUAAUAUUUUUUUUUUGUUUUAAGAAAACGCACAAAACUAUUCCUAUUUUAAAUAUAAUAUAUAAUUAUUAGGUACUUAAUCGUAUUUACCGCCAUUUCCCAUUAUAGCUUGAAUUAUUUGCCACAGAUUAUAUUAAACGAUUCCCUCCGACCCUUAACGAAUUUCGAUUCCACUUCAAAACAUUCCAAGGGGAGGCAAUUUGCGGGUAGUGUGACAUGAAAAAUAAAAAAAUAAAAAAAACAUUUAAAAAAAUCCCUCCCUGAACGCUUUUCGUCCGGUGACCGACAUUUUGGAUCAUGUCGGCGGGGCGGCUCUCCAAACGUCAUUACUCAUAGUUUUACCGUUUCUGUGACAACCCUAGUCAACCCCUAGAUGAUCUGGUUACAGUGGAAGUAUCAGAUCGAUGGUUCUAUGUUAUCUUCAUGUGUUUCCAUGUUCUAGAUGUUAUAUGACCUGAUUAAGAUUCGUAUUAAGAACGGGGGACGCACCAUUUGUUUUUUUUUUUUUUAAAUAUAAUUAUUGUUAAUAAAAUUUUGUUCCGUUAUUUAGAUGUAUUUAAACAUGAUUUUAAUUAAAUUAUUUUGUAUAGUUUGUAAAUGAUACUGGUAUUUCAUUAUUUUUGUACGCAUAUUUGUAUUGUUUUAUAUGUGGUUUAUUAUGGCGUGUCAUAUUGAGGAAUGAGAUGUGACUUGACAAUUUAAUACGGUUGAUGAUACGCUGUAAUGAAGUUUUUUUAUUAUUAACUUAAUUAAUUUUCGGUUAGCUCACAUUCCAUUGCUGUGGACGCUAUAGCAGCAAUUGUAUUUUUUUUUUUUAAUUAAUUAAGACGCGGGAUCUGGUUUGGUAGUUUGGAAAGUACUUAAUACUCUUUUCAUAAUUUAAAAUUUGUUCUUCAUAAAAGUGAUUAUGCUUUCGCUGAUAACUAGUACGUAAUUUUGAGGUAUUUGUCGUUAAAAUUUUAUUAAUUAUUUGAACAGUUCAUGUUUCUGAACGGAUUUGGCGUUAAAGUCUAGAAAGACAAGUGUUUGCCGUGUUGCCAUACUAAAAUUUAAUUUCCAAGUGAAAAUUUAAUUGUAUGGUAGCUUAUGAGCUGUUCAAAAUAAUUAUCAUCGGUAGUGUAGCAAUUUGAUGUCAUUAUUAAAUAUUGAGCUUUCAUGAUUACUGUGCGUUUAACGUUCAUACUAUAUAUCGAUAGUUUCGUCAUUUUACGUAUCUAUAUGUGUAGAUGUAUCGAUGGAUCAAUAAACUUACCAAAGACA